AUGGCUGGUAGUGGUAAAACAACAACUGUUUGCCAGUCUGUUAGACAAGCUACUAAAAAGGGCUUAUUUAAAUCAAAUGGCUGUUACUGGAUGAAAAUUGGUAAGUUUGAAAAACUAACGUAUGAUGAAGCUAUAGAACUGCUUGCGUUACUUGCCGUUAACGAUAAUGAUCAGACAUUGCGUCAAAAUCCAGUUGUCAAGAAUGUUAUCGACAGUUGUCAAGGUUUACCAUUAGCUAUCACUUUAAUUGGUGGUCUUGAUUUAAAAACUGAUGAAGAGUGGAAUCAAGCAAAGGAUAUCAUUGCCAAAAAGUCUGCAGAUAUUGAAUUAGCUCAUUACGGUUUCAAUCUAUACGGGACUUUACAAUUAAGUGUUGAUACUUUAAAUGAUGAGAUUAGACCAUUAUUUGAGCAACUAGCUGUAUUUAAGCGAGUCGGUAUUCCUAUUCAAUCUGUUGCAUCGUUAUGGAACUACGAUGAAAUCGAAGCUCGGAAUCUCGUAAAGAAAAUGCAUAACAAAUCAUUACUUACAUAUGAUAAAGAAAAAUGUGUUCUACACGAUUUGAUGGUCGACUAUCUACAGCAACGACUCUACUCGCACAAUUCCAAUCAAGAUUAUCGCAAGAGUUUAAACAAAACGUUGAUCGAUAGUUACCGUAAUCAGUGCGAUGGAAAGUGGAAUACCUUCCCUGAUGAUGGCUAUUUCUAUCCUAAUCUUAUUUAUCAUGCUUUAAUGGCUGAAAAUGAUGAGUAUCUUCAAAGUAUUAUGACCGAUUUCGAUUGGAUGACACGUAAAAUUCAAAUAGACAGGACAAUCUAUUACCUAGACUGCGAUUUAACAAACUACAUUGACUAUCUAAAGAAAAGAAAUAAGAACUGGGAGGAUUUCGAUCAACUCAAGCAGCUCCUCAAGCAGCAACAGUCUUGCCUCGAUGGAGUCGAUGGAGAUGUUAUUCAAAUGAUCUUGUGGGUUGACAUGUCAGAUAGUUGGAUGAAACAGCGAGCUUUGCAAUUAGCUAAGGAAAAUGUGCGAAAUGGUAAAAGUUAUUGGAGGAUGUCAAGUGCAACAACUCAAUAUACUUAUGAUGCAUGCAAAGUAUUCGGUAAGAAUCGCAGAGAUCAGUCAAUAUCAGUUUCGAAUCCCGAGUUUGGACCUUUGCGAAUAAUUGGUACUCAAAACAAUAAUGAAGAAGACUGCCAAAUAAUUGGUACUCAAAACAAUCGUAGACGAGACUGCCAAAUUGUGAUUCAAGAUUAUCAAACAUCACAAACUGUGCUUCAAAUAUCAAAACCAAGCAUGUAUAUUAGAGAAGUUGAAAUCUCAGCUGACGGUCGGACUGCAGCCUUCAAGCAAUUUAACAGAAAGGACGAGUGGAUCGUUUACGAUCUCGAUAAAAAUGAAGAAAUAAGCUUUGCCCAAAACGAUCAAGGGGAAGACGUUAAGACUGACUUUGAUUCCGUACAAUUUUGCCCUGCUCAAUCUCAAACCCAAGUGAUUAUGACACUCUCUAGAAAUUUGUGUGAAGUUAGGAUUUGGAAGAUUGAGGGGAAUUUUAUUAGACCUACAAAUAAGCAAAUAUCACGCCAAUACAAAAUAGAAUAUUGUCGAUGGGUACUAAUGCAAGAUAGUGUUUGUGUCUUGUUGUGGUGGAGAAAAUAUCAAAGUCAACGAGGGAAGUUUGAAGACUAUGAACGUGACGAUUCGGAAAAGUGGAUUAAUGAAUGUCAAAUUGAAAUGUGGAAUGCACAGCAAUGGACUUGUCGAUCAUUCAAAGUACCUGCUUUCAUCCAUGCAAAGGAUGAUGGUCGGUACUUUGCUACCAAUGAUUUUCAACAUGGCUUGCUCUUAACGCGCAUCAGCAUCUACCGUGAUGCAGCCUAUAUGAUAUUGUCAUAUAACAGGUUUAGAAGUAAAAGUGGUACAAUUGGUCUGUUAAAAAUGGAACAAGAUAUCGAAUUUGAAAAUCAAUUUCAGCCAAUAUUACAUGAUAUUGGAUACGUUGUUGAUAUUUUGGUAUCAGGCGAUCAGUCAAUGAUCGCUAUUGACUGUUUUAAGAAGGAAGUCAUACUCAAGAUGAGUGGUGGUCAAGUCCAAUCUCGUGUUGAACUUGAUCAAUCUGGUCGAUCAAUGUUUAUUCCUGGUAGUCAUCGAUUGCUUAUUUAUCAUGCACGUAAUGUAUAUGAAUAUAAUUUACAAGAUAUCUCUCAAACAAAAUCAGUUGAUGUUGGUAGACCCCAACGUAACCCCCAAACUACCGUCAACAUAUUCGACCUGAUCGAGUUUGUAGGUAUAGAAGAUUAUGGAAAGUACAGGGAAUUAAUCAAUGGAAUACUUGAAGAAGAAUCGGCUGCUAAAGAUUUGAUACACUUCAGAUAUAGAAAGAAGGAUAACACACUCAUUCUCUUUCCUAUAUUCUCCUCAUUCAAUAGCUGGAUAAUAACUAUUAACCUUACAACCGGAAUGAAGAGCGUUGAUCGACUGACAUGGAGUCAUCUAGUUGGUGUUGUGUAUGUUGAUGAUGAUUAUCUUUAUGUUUGGGAAAGAAAGGAAGAUGAUAGCUUGAAAUGUUACAAGUUUGGGGAUGGUGAAUAUCAAUUACUGCAAAAUAUUGACUACCAAGGGGAGGAAGGAUUAAUCUGUAAAAUAAUGAUGAAUUAUAACCCUCAUAAGAUUGAACAUUCGCCUCUUCGGAUGAAGAAAGAAAAAUUAGUUGAUGUAUGGGGAGAUAAACAUGCCGAAAUGAUUGCUAAUGUAUUAGCAAUGGGUCUUUUGCUACUACUGGAAAAUGGAGACCAUAUAGCAAUACUCAACCAAGAUGGAAAUUUAUACAUGAAAAGAUACAAAGACAAUAUCAAAUACUUCGAUCCUUUCACAUACACACAAUUCUUCAACCAUGAAAAUCUAUGGUCGGACAAGCAGUUAAUCCUAUAUGAAAAAUACUCUAGUUUGAAUAUUUAUAACCCCCAAACACUACAGCUACAAAUCACUCUACCAUUCCCUCACUUCUACAUAGAGGACAUGCAAUGGAAUCUUCAACACUCUCAACUCAUCAUCAGGAGUGAUCAGGAUUACUGCUUAGUAAAUUCAAUGAAAAAGGAAUAA